AUGCCUCAGAUCAACCAGUUCCACAUCCGGCCGGCAAGCUCGGCCGGCGAUGACGCGCAGUUUAUCAUGGCGGCAUUCGACUCCACCAUCCCGUACCUGAGUUCCAUCGGCGCGGCGGGAAUGUGGGGGGAGAAGCCCUUCUCCGAAAAGGACGGCUUCGAGCAGGAGACGGUAGAGUCGGUCCACAAGUCGGAGCGCGAAGACGACUGCCUGAACAUCUUGAUUGCCGAAGUCGAGCAGAGCGAACGGCCGCCGACCCGAGUUGGGCUCGCCAUGACACGCGAAGACUCGUUGCCGGCGUACAUCACGGAGCGCGAGGAGAUGAAGCCCGAGGUCGACCAGGCGAAGCAGUUUAUAUUCCUGGAAGUUGUCAUUUCAGACUACAGGACAACGCCUCUCCACAAGGGCGCCGGAGCCGCGCUGAUCGAGGCUAUUAAGCGCCGUGGGCGGGAGGAGAACAAGGACACCCUGUACGUGGAUUGCUGGGCAGGCAACGACGGCAAGUUGAACAGGUAA